AUGAUUCCUGUGCUGAUCUGUGCUUUGAUCUCGCUCGGUGUAGCAGACAACUUAGACUCCUUGUAUCCUGAGCUGGAGCACUCCAGAACCAUCUAUGUCGUCGAGAACGGCCCUCGACUCUCAGUGAUGGCAGAACAAUCGAAGGUGGUGUCGAGGCGAGGAGGGAACGCCACCUUACCGUGCAAGAUUCAAAGGGACCAAACGCUGGCACCCAAUCGUAAGAUGAGGAUCAAGUGGACCAAGCUGACCUCAGACUACCUGAAAGAGGUGGACGUUUUUGUCGCCAUGGAUUUCCACAAAAGGAGUUACGGCAGUUUUCACGGACGAGUCCACCUACAAGGAUCCUCUCCGAUGGACGCGUCUCUGGUCAUCACAGAUAUCACCCUGGAGGAUUAUGGGAAAUAUAAAUGUGAAGUCAUCGACGGGCUGGAAGACGGAACGACGGUGGUGGCACUUGACCUGGAAGGUGUUCUCUUCCCAUACUUCCCACGUCUGGGUCGCUACAACCUCAAUUUCUACGACGCGGAGCGGGCGUGUCGUUCCCAGGACGCCAUCGUAGCGUCCUUCGACCAGCUGUAUGACGCCUGGCGAGGAGGAUUGGACUGGUGCAAUGCCGGCUGGCUGAAUGACGGCUCGGUCCAGUAUCCCAUCACCACCCCCAGAGAACCCUGCGGAGGCAAGAACACGGUGCCGGGCAUCCGAAACUACGGCGUGAGAGACAAAGACAAGAACCAGUACGACGUGUUCUGCUUCACCUCACACUACAAAGGUCGGUUCUACUACCUGAUCCACCCCUCCAAGCUGACCUACGACGAGGCGGUCAGUGCUUGUCAAAAAGACGGCGCUCAGAUCGCUAAGGUUGGCCAGAUGUACGCCGCCUGGAAGCUACUGGGCUUCGACCGCUGCGACGCCGGCUGGUUGGCCGACGGCAGCGUCCGUUAUCCCAUCGCCAACCCGCGCCGACGCUGCAGUCCCACAGAAGCCGCCGUGAGGUUCAGCGGCUUCCCCGACAAAAAGCACAAGCUGUACGGAGUUUACUGCUUCAAGGGCAACAACUGA